AGCGAAACUUAGUCGCCUGUUAAACGGCCACAAGCGCGGUUCGCGGGUCAAUUAAACACAAAAAAAAAUAAAACUUAACUGAAAUCAAAAAUUCAGCAAGUAAGCGCAACAGGAAAGACAAUAUCUGUCACAUAAAAAGUGGAAGGAAGCGGUCUUAAAGGACUUUGUGUGUAAACAAAAAAUUCAAAGUUUUGAAAAAAUAAAUUUUCAAAAAUAAUAAUUUCAAACAGUAUUAAGUUUAGAAAGCUUAAAAAAGUAUUGUUUCAAACAUUUUAAGAAAAAACUUUAAUUUUGCAAAAAUUAUUUUGAAAGUGAAAAUAUUUAAUAUAAUAAUUGGAAAUACUGAAACAAAGGCAAAACGAUUUUUUAUGUGCAAUAACAACUCAGAUAUUUAAAAACUAAAAAUAAGAAAAUUUAAUUUUAAGUUUAAUUUUAAAAUAAUUUAGUUAUUAAAAUUAUUAAAUAUUAAAACCUUUAAAGAAAAAAAAAAAAAUUCAAAUUUUAAAAAAUAAAUUUGAAAGUGAGAAAACGUUUAAUUAGUUUCAAUACCCGGAAAUACUGAAGAAAAAAUUUAAACUAUAAAAUAAUAUUUUUUGAAGAACACAAGUGAUUGCAAAAAUAAAAAAAAUACUGGAAAAAUUUUAUUAAAAAGUGACUAAAAUAAACGACAAAAAACAGUGGAAAUUUUGAAAAAAACGUUUUGUUUUUUUAAAUUCGAAAAUAUUAAAACAACAAUUUUUCAAAAAAAUUCAUAGUUUAAGUAAAAACAUUAAAACUUUUUUUGAAAAAAACUUUUAUAAAAAUUUUUCGCAAAGAAUUCAAAAUUUUAAAUCAUAAUUUUUUGUAAUAAGUAAUUUUUUGUAUAAAAUAUUUCAACAUUUUUGAAAACUUUUUUGAAAAAUCCUGAAAAAAAUUGUAUUGAAGAAAGCAAAAAAAAGCAGCACUUGAUGCAGCCUUCAGACUACACUGCACUAAACUAAAGGAAAAGCUAUUAAACCACGCUGUCGUAAAUUGCUUAUUUACCAAAAAAAAGCUAAUAAAAUUAUUAAACGAAAAAAAUCGUGCGAAACUCACACCCGCACGUACACACACAUAUGCUCACAUAUAUACACAUAAACACACUCUGGAUGCGCUCGGAAAAAAUUGGCGAUGCAAAAAUGUGUGCCAGUGUCAUAAAUCAAAUUAACACCGACUGCGUUAGCAGUAGCAAGCACAAUAACAACAACAAAAGCCAAACAAUUAGCAACACAACCGAUUGUGACGUCAUGUGUAACAACAACAACAACAACACACACGCCAACAAACGCCGUCAACGCUGUGAGUUCACUGCCACAACACGCGUCGCUGCGCGCAAGUCUACAAUAACGCUGCCGUCGGCGUCGCUGCUGCUGCUCGGCACAACAUUAUUGUUGUUGUGCGCAUUGAAACCGGCUAAUGCAGCCGCCACGGCAAGCGCUGGGGCCAACAACAAAAGUGCACGCGAAAUAAUCGGCAACAGCGGUGUGGAAGCAAAAUCACCAAAUCCAAAAGCGGCUGCAACGGCAACAACAACAACACAUAGAGCGCCCGCAGUCUGUGCUGUGCUUAUAGAUGACAAAUCAGAGACGCGCGAAAUUGGCGAAAUUUGGGUCUCGUCGCAAGACGCCUGUGACAUACACGCCUGCGAGCAAGAUGAAAACGGGGCGCCGCGAGAGACUAUUACAAAAGUGGAUUGCGGACAAUUCUAUUGUGAUGUGGAUUCAGAGUUACGCCCACAACCUGGCAGCUGCUGCGGCGAAUGUGUGCGCACCAAGUGCCGCUUCAAUGACACCGUCUACGAUUUGGGACAGACUUGGCAUAGUCAGGAUGGCUGCACUAUGUACGAAUGCGCACCGCUACCCGACCGUUCCGUCGUGACACCAAUGGUUAAUGUAUUCGAGAAGACUUGUGCGCCAUUGCCGCCGGAUUGUCCACGUGAGCAGGUGUAUGUGAAGGACUGUUGUCAGCAGUGUCGUGGCAGUGAAGGCGCUACGGCGCGCUCGGCUGAAAUGCGUGAGGAAAGCGGUGAUAUUUGGACAGUAGAGUUCUAUCGCAAUCAUCCCUGCGCACGCGAAUGUCAACCGAAUGCCGACCCGAUGACAUGUCGUUACACUUUUGUUGUUGAAUGGUAUGAGACUAUGUCGAAGGCUUGCUAUGGCUGUCCACAAAACGGCACAGACUGUGAGAGACCGCAUUGUGUGCUCGGCGAUGGUAUUGAGCGCAGCGUAAUGGUGGUGAAUCGCAUGAUGCCGGGUCCAUCGAUUGAGGUGUGCGAGGGUGAUAUGAUUGUGGCCGAUGUGCAUAAUCAUUUACUGGGCGACAGCACUACCAUACACUGGCAUGGCAUGCAUCAGCGCAACUACCCGUAUAUGGAUGGCGUGCCGCAUAUCUCACAGUGCCCCAUCUCACCGCAUUCCACAUUCCGUUAUCGUUUUCGUGCGGACAAUGCCGGCACGCAUUUUUGGCAUUCGCACACCGGCAUGCAACGUGGUGAUGGUGUCUUCGGCGCGUUAAUUGUGCGUCGUCCGCGCGGGAUGGAGGCGCAUGCACAUCUCUAUGAUUUCGAUUUGUCCGAACACCAGAUGAUCUUGCAAGAUUGGGUACAUACGCCCGGUGUGAGCAUAUUUGCGUCGCAUCACCACUCACGCGGUGAUAACAAGCCGGUAAAUUUGCUAGUCAAUGGACGCGGUCGUUUCUACUAUGCGAUCUGGGAUCAAGCUAAGAAGGAAGCGCGUUCGGGCGCGAGUGACAAGUCAGUAACACCAAAACCUACUACUACUACUACUACCACGACAACACCGACAACAAGCACCACACCAUUAACUUUUGUACUCAAUCAGUCGGCAGUUGCGAAUCAGCUCGAUUUGACACCUUUCCAAAUUGAGCUUCUACAUUCGCCCAACGAUACUAGCAGCAACAACAUGCGUUUGCGCGCAACUAAUGAGAUCUUACGUCUAACGCAGGUUGCAGAGCAGCCAGCGCUGCAAUCGGACCAAAGCAGCUCCGACCCGGAAGUGGAGUUUGAUCUCACUGCGCAGCCUACCAACGUGCAGCGUACCAAACGCGCCGUGGACGAGAUUCAAUUGCAUCAAAUGCCAUUACAAACAUUCCACGUGCGUCGCGGUUUCCGUUAUCGCUUCCGUAUUAUCAACGCCGAGUUUCUCAACUGUCCCAUUGCGUUGUCUAUUGACAAUCACACACUCUUAGCAAUACACUCAGACGGUUAUGAUUUCGAACCACUUGAGGUGGGCUCCAUAGUCACGUACGCCGGCGAACGUUUCGACUUUGUAUUGAAUGCAAAUCAGCCCAUCGGCAACUAUUGGAUACGUUUUAAGGGUCUAAUGGAUUGCAGCGAUCAAUUUACAUCCGCUUUUCAAGUAGGCAUAUUGCGUUAUGAGGGCGCAGGUGAGACGGAGCCAAACGGCGUGCUAGGUUGGCAACAUAAAGCCGACGGCAUCGAGCUGAAUGCAAUGAAUCGCGGCUCGGGACAUUCGGAUUCGUUGACUGCCGCCGAAAUGACGGCGCUACCGAUUUACGAUACAGUACCGGGUGUGGAUCGUGAUGCACUCAAGCCUGUGGCGGAUUAUAAAUUUUUUGUCUACUAUGAUUUCUAUGCCAAGGACAAUCCCGUCUUCCAUCCUGGUGAUUAUUACGGCUUCAACGACAGCUUGGGUAAGACCAACAAGUUAUACACACCGCAACUGAAUCACAUUUCGCUGAAGUCUCCAGCGAUGGCUUUGAUGGCCGAACGCAAUAAUGUCGAUGAUUCGCUCUUCUGUAAUGACACCAGUCUAGCGCAGCAGGGUAUCGAUUGUAGAAAAGAUUUCUGUAAUUGUCAUCAUGUGCUGCAGGUACCGUUAAACUCCGUCGUCGAGCUGAUCGUGGUCGAUGAGGGUUUCACGUUCGAUGCAAAUCAUCCCUUCCAUUUGCAUGGCAAUGCUUUUCGUGUGGUGGGCCUAGAGCGUUUGGGUUCCAAUGUUACUAUUGAAAUGGUCAAACAACUCGACCGCUACAAUUUGCUCAAACGCAAUCUCGAUAGACCGCCGAUCAAAGACACCGUGACCAUACCGGACGGCGGUUACACGAUUUUACGCUUCGAAGCUUACAACCCCGGCUUUUGGCUCUUCCAUUGCCAUAUUGAAUUCCAUGCGGAAAUUGGCAUGGCACUUAUUAUCAAAGUUGGUGACAAUGAUCAAAUGAAAUCUGCGCCGAAGAAUUUCCCCACUUGCCAUGAUUAUAUGCCGAAGGACGGCGAAGACGAUAUCGACGAAGACAGCGGUGAAGGUAAUAAUGGAAAUGCAUCUCCAAGUACUCCGAUCACUACACCAAGCACUGGUGGCGCCGUCACGCUGAGUGCACAUGGUUAUACCGUGCUCUCUGCGCUCUUGGUUUUAUGCGCUUUUCACUGGAGUCGCUUUGUCGCCGCCGUGGAUAUCCACUAAACUCAUAAUGAUAGUGAUAAAGUCGCAGGUAUAGUUUGUUAUUAAUAUAUUUGCCUGAUCGGAGCUGAUCAAGCUUUUAGUUUUUAAGUACAAAGGCUUUCAAUAAUAACUGUGAUUAAUUAGUAUAGUGAAUUUUCUUUAAGAAUUUCGAUAUUUAAUACAAAAAUUGACAAAAUGCUGAUUAUCUACAUAUACAUAAAUAUUUAAUACAUAUUAUAUUAUAAAAGUAAGAUAGUUUUCAUGACAACGAUUGUAACUGUUUUUUUUUUCAAUAAAACCUAAUUUGAAAA